AAGGCGUUGGUCGUAUACUCAACUUGCACUAAAGAUUACCGUCACAUCGUCAAUACUAUGAGUUCGAAUAAUGCUAUUGUUUUAAAGAAAUAUAUUGAUCCUACUGAAGGAUACCCUAAAGUUGGAGAACACUUUGGUUUGGAAGAACGCCCUUUUGACUUGGAAGCUACUAAGGUUGAUGAAGAGCAUCCUUUGCUUUUGAGAAACAUUUACACUUCUAUUGACCCUUAUAUUCGUAAUCGCAUAAGAAAUCCUAAACGUAAGAGUUAUAUACCACCUUUGAAAAUAGGACAAGUGAUUCCAAACUUAACACUUGCUGAAGUGGUAAAGUCAGCAGUCCCUGAACACAAAACAGGCUCUCAUGUCAUUUUCAUGAGCGGCUGGGAAGAAUACACAUUGGUGCCCAAACAGGCUAUGGGCAUGGUCCAGUCUGUGAACAAUCCCUACAACUUACCUUUGAUGACCUUUGUUGGUGCUUUAGGAAUGCCCAGCCAAACCGCAUACGUUGGACUCAGGCAUAUUGGACAACCCAAGGCCGGUGAGACGAUCUACGUCUCUGCCGCUUCUGGCGCUGUUGGUCAAGUUGUAGGUCAAUUGGCAAAAUCCAUGGGCUUGUACGUUGUAGGAAGUGCUGGAUCGGACGAGAAAAUUGCUCAUUUGAAGGAGAUUGGAUAUGAUGCAGCUUUUAACUAUAAAAAGGAAAGUGUUCAUGAAGCUCUUCCUCGUGUCUGUCCUAAGGGCAUCGACAUCUACUUUGAAAAUGUUGGAGGUGAAACAUUGGACGCCGUUCUCUUGAAUGCAAACUUCCACGCUCGCAUCAUAUUUUGUGGUUGUAUUAGUGACUACAACAAUCCUAAUCCUUAUAGUUUAAAAAAUUACUCUCAAAUCCUUACCAAGAGUAUCAAGGUGGAAGGCUUCAUUGUCAUGAAUUUGAUUCCUUUCUAUAAAGAGGAAUACUUCCGUGAAAUGCCUAAACUAAUUGCAGAUGGAAGGCUCAAAUACAAAUAUGAUGUUUACACCGGUUUGGAAUCUAUCCCUGAAGGUUUCCUUGCUGUACUUCAAGGUAAAAAUUUUGGAAAAGCACUUUCCAAGAUUGCCGAUGAGUAGAUUAUCUGGAUCAUUGGCUUUUAACCUGAUAAACGCUUAAUGUCAAAAAAUAGUAUGUAUUGCUUACAUUUUACAAAGGUCUUUAUUGAGUUGUCCUCGCGUUGGCUCUGAUAGAUAAACACGAAUAUUUUUUAAUGAAAACUUCCUUUUGUAAACAAAAAUCACUAGUCUCUUUACAAACUGUUAUUGCAAAAUCCCAAAAUCCAUAAAUUUC